GUGUGCAAUAUCCACUAUCAUGCAUGAUGUAAAAAAACAAUGCGUGUGCUGCUUACACGGGUUUCACGGUUUUCGCGGAAAUUGCAAAGCUCCUGUUGCGUUUACACGUCUCCGUAUCGGUUCGAUAUGGCUAAACCCGAAGAAAAACCGAACAAAUUCCAGUUGAAAACGCCAAAGGGCACUCGAGACUACGGUCCCGAACAAACAGCGGUUCGCAACGACGUGCUGAAUCGGAUUACAAAGGUGUUCAAACGUCACGGCGCAGUCAACAUAGACACUCCGAUUUUCGAGCUCAAAGACGUGCUCACUGGUAAGUACGGCGAGGACUCGAAGCUCAUUUACGAUCUUGCCGACCAAGGUGGCGAGUCCUUGUCUUUGCGAUACGACUUGACCGUGCCUUUUGCUCGGUACCUGGCGAUGAACAAAAUCACCAACAUCAAACGGUACCAAAUCGCCAAAGUGUAUCGAAGAGACAACCCGGCAAUGACGAGGGGAAGGUACAGGGAAUUCUAUCAGUGCGACUACGAUAUAGCCGGUCAGUACGAUGAAAUGAUACCGGAAGCCGAAUGCGUGUUUGUAGCCACAGAAAUAUUGUCGUCGCUAGACGCCGGCAAAUUUAUAGUGAAAGUCAACCACAGGCUUUUGCUCGAUGGACUUUUCGAAGCGUGUGGCGUCCCGAUAGACAAGUUUAGAGCAAUGUGUUCAGCGGUCGAUAAAUUAGAUAAGAUGUCAUGGGCAGAAGUCAAGAAGGAGAUGGUUGAAGAAAAAGGAUUGGCCGAAGAUAUUGCUGACCGAAUCGGAGUCUAUGUGAGGAUGAACGGAUCAUCCGAAUUAGUGGAAGCCCUUUUUAAAGACGAUUUGCUCACUACAUCUAAAAUGGCUACCCAAGGCUUAGAGUCGUUAAGAUUGUUUUUUCAAUAUAUUAAAAAUUUCGGUAUAGAAGACCUUGUAUCAUUUGAUUUGAGUCUGGCUAGAGGAUUGGACUAUUAUACAGGUAUUAUAUACGAAGUUUCAUUAUUGGAAAAAGGCGAAUCCAUCGGCAGUGUAGCUGGUGGUGGCCGCUACGACAACCUAGUUGGUAUGUUUCAUCCUAAAAAUAAAACUAUUCCAUGUGUAGGCAUAUCUAUUGGUGUAGAAAGGUUGUUCACCGUGCUCGAAGCUAAAUUCGCCAAAGAAAAACUGAAAGUCCGCACUACAGAAGUUCAAGUAUACGUUGCUGCAGCUCAAAAAAAUUUAGUCGAACAUAGAAUGACUAUUUGUAGAGAUUUGUGGAAUGCCGGAAUCGAAGCCGAACAUUCAUAUAAAAAAAAUCCUAAGCUUCUUGCUCAAUUACAACAUUGUGAAGAGAACGAGAUACCCUGGGCCAUCGUUAUUGGCGAUAGUGAAAUCGAAAAAGGCAUAGUAAAAAUAAGAAAUGUUGCUACGCGACAGGAAGAAGAAAUAAAAAAAGAACAACUCGUAGAAGAAAUGUUCAAAAAGUUGAGCAUAAAAAUAUGACCUAAAUUAAAACUUCAUCUUUAUUUAUUUGUGUUCCUUCCCAACAUUUUUUUUUUUUCUAAGGCAUAAGGUGUUAUUUACUUAUAGUCAAUAAAUUGGCAUUCGUGCAAUGA